AAACAUUUCUUGACGUUGGAAAAAUGAUAAUUUUUGUUAUCAUAUUUAUUAAUUAAAUUAUAUAUGAGUUUCAUUGUGCUUAAUUCAACCAUCGAAUAUUUAGAAAUAAUUUAAACGACAAUUAUGGAAAUGGCUAAAAGUUUAUUUGGUCGGGAUCAUGAUGGUUAUGUGGGGAAGGCAGAACAUACGAAAAAACUGCAAACAUUGAAUUCGGAAGAAGAUAUGUUUGAAGAAUUGCCUACGCUAAUGGAAGAAGUAAGUGUGAUGGACGGGUUAAGACCGAAUGCGGGUGGUCCAUUUUCCGCACUAACUCCUUCGAUGUGGCCUCAAGAUAUACUGGCAAAAUUAGGACAACCUGAAGCCGAAAGCGUUAUUGGUCCUAACGAUCAACCCGAUUACCGUUUCGAUGAAUUUGGUUUUCGUGUCGAGGAAGAGGAUGGUCCAGAACAGAAUUCCAAUAAAUUGCUAAGUAUACCAUUUGUUGAAGAUGCCCAACAUCGCCUAAUGUGGAUAGCUCAUUUGGAAUUUUCUCAUAACAAAGAAGCUACAGAGCUUACAUGGGAACAUGUAGAUGUGGCUUUACCGCGAACGGAAAAAUUGCGCAACAUGGUUCGCGAAGGAAUACCACACUCUUUAAGAGCUCAGAUGUGGAUGCGCUUAUCUGGUGCCCUGGCUAAAAAGCAAAAAAGUGAAACAACCUAUCAUGAGAUUGUGAAGGCGUCUGCAAAUAAUCAACUUAUGACCUCUAAACAAAUUGAAAAGGAUUUAUUACGUAUACUGCCUACUAAUGCCUGCUUCAGCAAUCAAAAUGGUACUGGUAUACCUAGGUUGCGUCGAAUUCUUCGCGGUAUAGCCUGGCUUUAUCCUGAAAUUGGCUACUGUCAGGGUACGGGUGUAAUAGCAGCUUGUCUCUUAUUAUUUAUGGAAGAAGAAAAUGCUUUUUGGAUGAUGGCCACAAUAGUUGAGGAUUUAUUACCCGCCUCUUAUUAUUCUUCAACUUUGUUAGGCAUCCAAGCCGACCAGCGAGUAAUGCAAACUCUUAUAGCCAAUUAUUUAACGGCUGUAGAUGAAACAUUGAGAAGACAUGACAUUGAAUUGUCAUUGAUAACAUUGCAUUGGUUUCUAACUCUCUUUGCAAAUGUAGUCCAUAUGAAAAUUUUGUUACGUAUUUGGGAUUGGUUUUUCUAUGAAGGUAGCAUUGUUCUAUUUCAAUUGACUUUGGGCAUGCUUAAGAUGAAAGAGAAAGAGUUACAUAAUUUAGAAAAUUCGGCGCAAAUUUUUAACUCAUUGUCCGAUAUACCCGGUGAAGUCGACGACGUGGAGAUACUUUUCAAAAUAGCUUUAGAUGUUGGCGGCUCUUUAAGCCAAACCGUAAUCGAUACGCAUCGUCGUCGACAUUUGGCCUAUCUAAUGGCUGACCAGGGUGGCUUAGUUGGUAAUCCCGAGGCUGUUCCCAAUCUGCCUAAACAACAUUUGGCGCGUCGUCAAGUACGCAAAAGUAAAUCAAUUUUAGAGACAUUACUCUUCCGCGGUGACAACGAAUGCACUGAACUGAAAAAUAAAAAUAUUCGACAAACCGAGAUUUUAGUAGAUUUACGAGGCAUUUUAAAAGUUGCAAGACAUUUUAUUACCAUAGAACCCAAGCUGACCAAUCAUAUUCAAUUGACCGCUGAUUACAGCACUCACUCACAUGCUAAAGAUCACGAGAAUUUCAUAAAUGUUGCUCGUACUCGAAAACGAAGAGCUAAAGCUUUACAUGAUUUUGAAAGGCACGAUGAUGACGAAUUAGGCUUUAGAAAAAACGACAUCAUCACCAUAAUAAGUCAGAAGGACGAGCAUUGCUGGGUGGGUGAAUUAAAUGGUUUAAGAGGUUGGUUUCCAGCCAAGUUCGUGGAGUUAUUAGACGAGCGUAGCAAACAAUAUACAUCGGCUGGAGACGAUGCUAUUUCCGAAACCGUUACCGACUUAGUAAGAGGAACUUUGGCACCGGCUGUCAAAGCCUUUCUAGAGCAUGGUAUGCGUAGACCCAAUUUUUUGGGUGGUCCAAUACAUCCGUGGCUAUUUAUCGAAGAGGCUGCUUCACGCGAAGUGGAAAAAGAUUUUGAAUCGGUUUAUAGCCGAUUGAUUUUAUGUAAAACGUAUCGUUUAGAUGAAGAUGGGAAAGUCCUAACACCUGAAGAGCUACUAUAUCGUUGUGUGCAGGUUAUUAAUCAAACCCACGAUGAGUCUCAUGCACAAAUGGACGUUAAAUUACGCUCACUUAUCUGUUUGGGUCUCAACGAACAAGUUUUGCAUUUAUGGUUAGAGGUUUUAUGUUCAUGCCAUGAAAUCGUACAAAAAUGGUAUUAUUCGUGGUCAUUUAUAGACUCACCUGGAUGGGUUCAAAUUAAGUGCGAAUUGCGUAUUUUAACACAAUUCGCGUUCAAUUUAAAUCCCGAUUGGGAAUUACCGCCAAGACGAGGCAAAGAAUCGCAACCUCUGAAAGAUGGCGUACGUGACAUGUUGGUUAAACAUCAUCUAUUUUCGUGGGACUUGUGAGGCGAUCGAUGUCGUGUCCUAUUCAAAAAAUGGAAUUUCAAAUUCAUUUCAAUUUUAAAUGCAAAGACGCUCUAAGCUUUAACGAAUACUCUGACAAUUUCUGAGUUUAAAAUUUAAUUUAAGUUGAAUUUUUUUUUUUUUUUUUUUUUGCUUUCUUUUUUUUAUAAUAUCACAUUGCAAUGCAUUUAACAUAAUUGAUUAUACUCACACAUACGUAUUCUCAUAAAUCCCGUAUAACUAAAGCAUUUACUUAACGAUUAUUAUAACUUGUGUACUUCACGUAUUAAGCAGCUAUAUAUAUAUAUAUAUU